AUGGCCUACCAAGGUGGGCGCUCGCAUUCGCCGAGCUACGACGAUGCGCACGACGGCCAUCGUCUGCAGGACGUGCCUGCUUCUCAGUACCCCGAGGAGGAAGAUGCCGCACGUGGAUUGCUCUCUCAGCACCAGGGUCCUUUUGCGACUCCUUUUGAUGACCCCCACUCGCGUGGAGUUUCGCCCCAGCGUCCUGCUUCCGGCUAUAGCUUGACCGAGACUUACGCCGCUGAUACCGCGCCCGCUUAUAAUGAUCCCUACAACAACGGUUCAGUUUACUCCGGUCAAGACGAAAACCCCGCGACUGCUUUUGGUGUUCCUGGUCGUGUCGCUUCGCCUUACGCCCGCAGUGAGACUUCUUCUACUGAGGCUUGGCGUCAGAGACAAGCGCCCGGAGGGCCAUCUGGUGGAGGUGGCGGCGGCGGCGGCGGUCUGCGCCGAUAUGCCACAAGAAAGGUCAAGCUGGUGCAGGGCUCAGUUCUGAGUGUCGACUAUCCCGUGCCCAGCGCUAUUCAAAACGCCAUCCAGGCCAAGUACCGCAACGAUGUGGAGGGUGGAACCGAGGAAUUCACCCACAUGCGAUACACCGCAGCAACCUGUGAUCCUAACGAAUUCACUCUCCACAAUGGAUACAAUCUGCGCCCCGCCAUGUACAACCGCCACACCGAGCUGCUCAUUGCGAUUACCUACUACAACGAAGACAAGAACCUAACGGCACGUACUUUGCACGGUGUGAUGCAGAAUAUUCGCGACAUUGUCAACCUCAAGAAAUCCGAGUUCUGGAACAAGGGUGGUCCAGCAUGGCAAAAGAUUGUGGUGGCACUUGUUUUCGACGGUAUCGACCCUUGUGACAAGGAUACUUUGGAUGUUCUGGCCACAGUCGGUAUUUACCAAGAUGGUGUCAUGAAGCGUGACGUUGAUGGAAAGGAGACCCUCGCCCACAUCUUCGAAUACACGACUCAACUCUCAGUCACGCCCAGCCAGCAACUCAUUCGCCCCACUGACGACGGCCCUAGUACCCUGCCCCCCGUGCAAAUGAUGUUCUGCUUGAAGCAGAAGAACAGCAAGAAGAUCAACUCCCACCGUUGGUUGUUCAACGCCUUUGGUCGCAUUUUGAACCCUGAAGUCUGUAUUCUUCUGGAUGCGGGUACGAAACCCGGUCCCAAGUCACUUUUGUACCUCUGGGAGGCUUUCUACAACGACAAAGACCUUGGAGGUGCCUGUGGUGAAAUUCACGCCAUGUUGGGUAAGGGUUGGCGCAAUCUGGUCAACCCUCUUGUUGCUGCACAGAACUUCGAGUACAAGAUCAGUAACAUUUUGGACAAGCCUCUCGAAAGUUCGUUCGGUUACGUUAGUGUCUUGCCCGGUGCUUUCUCGGCUUAUCGUUUCCGUGCUAUCAUGGGUCGUCCCCUCGAACAGUACUUCCACGGUGACCACACCCUGUCGAAGCAACUCGGAAAGAAGGGUAUUGAGGGUAUGAACAUCUUCAAGAAGAACAUGUUCUUGGCCGAAGAUCGUAUUCUCUGUUUCGAAUUGGUCGCCAAGGCUGGCUCCAAGUGGCACUUGUCGUACGUCAAAGCCUCGAAGGGUGAGACUGAUGUCCCCGAAGGUGCCGCCGAGUUCAUCUCUCAGCGUCGUCGUUGGCUCAACGGUUCGUUCGCUGCUGGUAUCUACUCUCUCAUGCACUUCGGUCGUAUGUACAAGAGUGGUCACAACAUUGUCCGCAUGUUCUUCCUCCACAUUCAGAUGUUGUACAACGUCUUCAACACCUUCCUCACUUGGUUCUCACUUGCAUCCUACUGGCUCACCACCACUGUCAUUAUCGACUUGGUCGGUACACCCAGCAAAUCCAACGGUUAUACUGCGUUCCCCUUCGGAAAGACGGCCACGCCUAUCAUCAACACGAUUGUGAAGUAUGGAUACUUGGCAUUCGUGUUGCUGCAAUUCAUUCUCGCGCUUGGAAACAGACCUAAGGGUUCCAAGAAGUCUUACCUUGCCUCCUUCGUGGUAUUUGGUCUUAUUCAGCUAUACAUUGUGGUCGAUUCGCUUUACUUGGUCGUUCGCGCGUUCAGUGGCGGCGCCCCCAUGGACUUUGUCACAGACAAAGGUGCAGGCGAAUUUCUUAAGUCUUUCUUCUCCUCUUCUGGAGCUGGUAUCAUUAUCAUUGCCCUGGCUGCCACCUUCGGUCUCUACUUCGUUGCAUCAUUCAUGUACGCCGACCCGUGGCACAUGUUUACCUCCUUCCCCGCCUACAUGGUCGUCCAGUCUUCCUACAUCAACAUUCUCAACGUCUAUGCUUUCUCCAACUGGCACGAUGUUUCAUGGGGUACCAAGGGAUCUGACAAGGCCGAUGCUCUACCAUCAGCUACGGUCACCAAAGACGAGGGCAGUAAAGAUGCAGUCAUCGAGGAAAUUGACAAGCCACAAUCCGAUAUCGACAGUCAGUUCGAGGCCACUGUGAAGCGCGCCCUUACUCCCUAUGUUGCCCCCGUUGAGCACGAAGAGAAGAGUUUGGAUGAUUCUUACAAGAGUUUCCGUACCCGUCUCGUUACCUUGUGGAUUUUCAGCAAUGGUCUGCUGGCAGUCUGCAUCACCAGCGAGUCUGUUGACAAGUUUGGCUUCAGCAACACCGCCACUAGUCGCACGACCCGUUUCUUCCAGGCUCUCCUGUGGUCCAACGCCGCCGUGGCCCUGUUCCGUUUCAUCGGCUGCUGUUGGUUCCUGGGACGCACCGGUAUUAUGUGCUGCUUCGCACGCCGGUAA